GCAAAUAUAUAAAGAGCUACCGGAACACUUCUCGUCACCCAUUUCUGUAACUUGUGGUGCUAGCUCUAUUCUGAUCAACGGCCAUCGGUCCCAGAAGCAGUGGAAAGGAUGAGGUGUGUUGGGAUUUUUCUGGUGUGUUCAAUGGUGAUCAUGAUGGCUCAACCUGGAGAGGGCUUUAUUCACCAUAUCGUGUCUGGCAUUAAAGCAAUUCACAGCCUCUUCAGUGGAGACGGCAAACGUGCAAAGCUUCAAGCGUAUGAGCGGCAACUGGAUCAGCAAAAGGACCAAAGGGACCAGCAGGAAGACCAGCAGCAACUGGAUGAAAAGGAAGACCAGCAGGACGACCAACAAGAUGACCAGCAGGACGACCAACAAGAUGACCAGCAGGAAGACCAACAAGAUGACCAGCAGGAAGACCAACAACAACUGGACCAGCAGGAGAAUGACCAGCUGCUAGAAUAACGUCUUUACUUCGCAGUGUAAAAAUGCUAUGUUGAAACUCAACAGGAUACUUCUUUUCUUAAAUUUAAAGCAUAAACAUGACCAAAUCUGCAUGG